AUGCUUGAGGUUGCGGUGGAGUACAGGGCUGCAAUAGAGAAGAUGACGGAGGCGCAGGCCAAUGGCCUACGGAAGUGGGAGCUCGACAAGAGAGAGUGGACGCUUGCCACGCAACUGCGCGACGUGCUACAGGCAAGUCGCUUAGUCACCUUGUGGUACUUCUCGCGCGCGGGCAAAGAUGCUCCCGACCUCACCGACGUCAUCCCGGCUAUGGAUAUCAUCGACCAGAAGCUCGCGACUGGCUCACUCAAUCAAGCCCUCGACCCUGCCAUUCGUGUUGCAUUAGGAUUAGGCAAGCGUUCCGUGAAUCACUACUACAACAAGACCGACGAGUCCGCCGUCUAUCGUAUUGCAAUGGUGCUUGAUCCCCGCCAUAAAGUCCAGUAUUUCCGGGACAAUAAUUGGCCGGAGGAGUGGAUUGCGCAGGCGCGCUUCCUGGUGCGGCAGGCCUACGACGAGGACUGGAAGGGUCAGGCGGUGUCGCACGAGGAACGAGAGGGUGCCGAGGAGCCACAGGUAUGUUCCCAACUCAUCAUUCCAGAUCUUUCGUUGCUUAUGAGCUCAUUGUCGUGGUGCAUGUAG